CUGGAUCAAUUAACUUCAUAUCUUGAUGCUUCAUUUAUCUAUGGUUCAACAGAAUGUGAAGCAAAUAGGUUACGUUUAUUUAGCCAAGGACGUUUGAAUUUUACAGAUCUUGGCUUCAAUCGAGAAGCCUUACCACAAGGUCGUCAAGAAAGAGAUUGCAGAUCUACACCACGACAUCCAUGUUUUAAUGCAGGUGAUGAACGUAGUAAUGAACAACCAGGCCUUACUGUUAUGCAUACAUUAUUUCUCAGAGAACAUAAUCGUAUUGCAGCAAGCUUAAAUCGUAUCAAUAAUUUUUGGUCUGAUGAAAAAAUUUAUUUGGAAACACGACGUAUAAUGGGCGCUAAAGUACAACAUAUCAUCUAUAAUGAAUGGUUACCAAUUGUAUUAGGUUGUGAAGCUGCUGCAAGAUAUGAUCUUGUACCACGUAAAACUGGUUAUUAUAAAGGAUAUGAUGAUAAAUGUGAUGCGACAAUGACACAAGAAAUGGCGACAGCAGCAUUUCGUUUUGGACAUUCAUUGAUACGUAAUAUAUUCCCACGUAUGAAUGCGGAAUUUCAAGAAGAAACAGAUGGUCUUGAUUUGAAAGCUUCAUUUAAUAAUGAAACAUUCUAUUAUACUCUGGAAACAGGACACAUUGAAUCAGUAAUUAUGGGACUUCUUGGAGCACAUAGUAUGGGCUUUGAUCGUCAUAUUAGUGAUGCGGUACGUAAUCAUUUAUUUCAACGAUCAACUAAUCCAUAUGAUACAGGCAUGGAUCUUCCGGCACUUAAUAUACAACGUGGAAGAGAUCAUGGUGUACCACCAUAUAAUUCAUAUCGUGAAAUGUGCGGCAUGCAUCGUGCAAGAAAUUUUGAUGAUUUAAAAGAUGUUAUGGAUGAUCGAACGAUAGCUGCAUUACGAAGUGUUUAUGAUCAUGUAGAUGAUAUUGACCUCUUUCCGGGUAUUAUGUCUGAAAGACCGCUUAAAGGAGCUUUGGUUGGACCAAUGUUGACAUGCAUCAUUGGUGAACAAUUUCAACGAUUAAAACGUUGUGAUCGAUUUUACUAUGAAAACGAUAAUGCGGCAACAAGAUUUACAUCAGAUCAAUUAGCUGAAAUACGGAAAACAACAUUAAGUAAGCUUAUUUGCGCAAAUAGUCAAUAUGCGCGUCGCAUUCAACCAAAUGCAUUUCUCAUGCCGGAUGAUUUAACAAAUGCACCAAUGAAAUGCUCUGAAUUACCCGAUAUCGACCUUUAUGAAUGGCUUGAUCGACAAUUUUGUGUGGUCGAUCAUCGAGUUAUUAAUCUGGGAAGGACAAAACGUAUAACACCAUGCAUUACGUGUACAUGUACUGCUGAAGGACCAGAAUGUCAUUCGAUGGUGAUUGAUCGUUGCGAAUCAUUGUUAACCGAAUAUCUUUUCUCGGAAGUGAUAGCUGAUACAGUAUGCGUAAUACAAUGUUCAUCAUUGAUACGACAAAGAAGCGGACAAUUGUAA